AUGUGGAAAUAUCCUAUUCGACUAAAUAUACGGUCCAAACUGCGAUGCUUUACCAAACGUCGCUACUACAGUCAAUUCGAUCUUGACGAAAUAGAAGCACCGAAAAGAAAAUCAAUCAAUCCUGAUACUCCAGCGCGUACAAGAUUUGCCCCAUCACCAACAGGAUUUCUUCAUCUUGGGUCCUUGCGGACGGCAUUAUACAAUUACUUACUUGCCAAAAAUACGAAGGGACAUUUCAUAGUUCGAAUUGAAGAUACUGAUCAGAAUAGACUAGUGGAAGGAGCGGAACAAAAUAUAUUUGAUACUUUGAAAUGGUGCAAGUUGGAUAUCGACGAGAGUCCCAUUCAUGGAGGACCAUAUGGGCCAUAUAGACAAUCCGAGCGUAAGGAGAUAUACCAGAAAUACGCACAAAUAUUACUAGAAAAUGGGCUUGCUUACAAGUGCUAUUGCUCGAAGGAAAGAUUACUUGAAUUGCGAGAAAGUGCAAAAUUGUUGAAACCACCUACAAAUGUGACUUAUGAUAGAAAAUGCCUUAGUAAACAUGUCCCAGAAGAAGGAUCUUAUAUAAUCAGAUUCAAAUCGCCAUACAAUUACCCUAAAUUUACUGACUUGCUACAUGGAGAGUUGAAUUUACAACCGCAGUACAACUCUAAGGAUCAACGAUAUGACGACUUCGUAAUUAUCAAAAACGAUGGCAUGCCUACAUACCAUUUUGCAAAUGUUGUUGAUGACCAUCUCAUGAAAAUAACCCAUGUGAUUCGUGGAGAAGAGUGGCUACCUUCCACACCUAAGCAUAUUGCAUUAUACGAUGCAUUUGGAUGGACACCACCAAAAUAUAUACAUAUUCCCUUGUUGACAUCUCUACAAGAUAAGAAGUUGUCGAAAAGAAAAGGUGAUUUCAAUAUAUUUCUGUUGCGAGAACAAGGUAUCUUACCUGAAGCUUUGGUUAAUUUCGUUGCAUUAUUCGGAUGGGCCCCACCAAGAGAAUUGAAUGUGAAAUCAAGUGAAAUGUUCAAUUUGGAUCAGUUAGUGCAACAGUUUUCUUUGGAUCAGUUGACGAAAGGCAAUGCCAAGGUGAGUGAUUCGAAAUUACAUUUUUUCCAAAAGGAGCAUUUUCAAAGAAUUCUUCAAGAUGAAGAUGCAUUGAAAACGUUAGUGGAUAAAUUCUACCCAAAAUUUAAGGUUCUCAGUAAAGGCAAGAGCGUGGAUUACCUCCUAGCUUUGUUACACGAUCUUGGUCCGAACUUGGAUAGUAUUCAGGGAGUAGCAGAUCACAGAUAUCUUUUUGAAGAUGUCGACUACACAAAUGUCAAACCACCAAAAAAUAUUACUCAAGCAAAGCAAAUUGUCGAUGAUAUAAUAGUGAAUGGUAUCGAUGACGCCAUUGAGAGAUUAUCCUCGCAAGGAGUCCCCAAAAAGACCAUUUUCAUGACCUUAAGGACUGCACUUAGUGGGGGUAAACCAGGGUUACCAAUACCUGCAUUGAUAUCCCUUCUAAGUGAAAAAGAGUGUUUGAAACGGAUAUCUUCAUAUAGAGAUUCUUUACUGUAA